AUGAAUAUUUUUAUUAAAACCCUAUCAUUGCUAUAUGGUGUUAUGCCGUAUGAACGAUUGAAUCCUCGUUCGAAUCUUUUUCAUUAUCUUCAAAUGUAUAUCAUACCAAUAUUGUAUUUGAUUUGUUAUGGGCUCAUCAAUUUGGGACCCUUUGGCAUCUAUCAGCAGAUCAGUUGUGACAGUGUCUGUCGUUUGGGUAACUCACUUUUGAUCCAUCUCGGAUGUUUUCUGUACAUUUCCAUGCAUGCGCUGAAUCUGUGGAGACGUAAGAAGUUUUUUAUGGUGUUUCAACGAUCUCUGCAGGAUAUUGAUGAUUGUCUGCAAAAAUGCGCCGAAGUUGGUGUUGCUAGAAAAGAGAAGAAAUCGAACAGAAAGAAGAUAUGCAUUUUCUAUAGUACUUGGAUUGUGGUCAUAGGACUAUUUGCAGCUUCCAUGCUCUUUGAUAUCAAUGAAUUGGUUUACUACUACCAUGAAUACUUUUUCAUUUCGUUGAUGGUCUCAAAUUUUCCUUACUCUGCUGCCAGUAUUAUGCUGGGCCAGUUCAUUUAUUUUGUGUCGGAAAUCUCUCAACGCUUUCAGAGGUUGAAUGAACUUUUUGAAAGGAUCAGUUAUGAAAGCGAUAGCAAGCAUGCUCCACUAAUGAUUUUCAAUGUGGAGAUCGGCACCAAAAAGGAUAUGCCAGCAAAUCAGGAGCUGCGCCAUAGGCAUUUUGCUGAGAACAUGGCAACAAUCAAUGAGGAUAAUGAUGACCCCAAUGAUGAUAUGGAUCGUUUCUAUGAUACUGAAAUCGUUCCAGAUGAAGGGCCCACCUCGGAGAGCAAUAUGCCCAAACUCUUUGAACUUCAUGAUAAAAUUCUUUCCUUAAGUGUCCUUACCAAUGCCGAGUAUGGGCCCCAGUGUGUGCCCUUCAUGGCCGUGUGCUUUGUCAUUACGAUUUUCGGCAUCUUUCUGCUGACAAAAGUUUAUUUCAUAGUUGGUGGCAAGAGUCGCUUGCUGGACUAUGUCAUUUUGCUUUUCCUCGUUUGGAGUGUGAUCACAAUGGCUGUGGCUUACAUGGUUUUGCGUUUGUGCAGCAAUGCCAAUAGUUUCUCUAAACAAUCGGCCAUGAUUGUCCAUGAGAUAAUGCAAAAGAAGCCGGCGUUUAUGUUGGGCAAUGACCUUUACUACAACAAAAUGAAAUCGUUCACCUUACAAUUCCUGCACUGGGAGGGAUAUUUCCAAUUCAAUGGUAUUGGCUUGUUUACCCUGGACUACACAUUUAUAUUUUCGACUGUCAGUGCAGCCACAUCCUACCUGAUUGUGUUGCUGCAAUUCGAUAUGAGUGCAAUUUUGAAAUCUGAAGGUUUGCUUUAAAACACCACAGUUUCGAACCAAACAAACACACACACCCACAC